ACUUUUAGUGUCGCCACAUUGCACUGGAUACCCGUAAAUGCCGCGUCGCGCGCCCGCUUUCCAUCAUGAAGUCAGAUGCACCAGAAGCUAUGAUGGCCAUAGAAUUAAUCUGCGUGCCCAUCGUAGCAAAAUGCAUUUGUCGUACGUAUUUUGCACAAUCACUCUUUGCUACACGUGUUCUAUACAUGCGCUUUUCGUUCUCCGUUUCAACAGGUUUCUCUGAUUCUGGCAUCCCAGAACGAACCCUCCUCAGUAUCUCAAUCUGAAGGCUGAGUUCUCUUUUCAUUUAUAGGUAUGCACUGCCGUAGUAUGAGUCUCUUAAUCCGAAGACUGAGUUCUCCUUUCGUUUCUAGUCCGAGCUUACUUCAUUUUAGACUGGCCUUUCUGUCUCUGCCUCCCAUGGCAACGUCUUCCAAACCGACAGAUGAAAGCUUACUUCCAUAUGACGCACUCCCGAAUGACCAGGACCUUGACUCAAUAAUAGCUGAUGCGAAGUUCACUGCUGAUAUUAGAACCGAUUUCUACGACCGCAGUCUGGCGAGUCGCAGGAAUGCCCUUGUCGGAGUGGCAUGCUCGAGUAUCUUUAGCUGCUCAUGCAUCGUUGCAGGCAUUGUCACUUUAGCCAAUCACGGAGUCUUCGGAGUAAACGUAACCAACAUUCCCGCAGUGAGCGAGGGUGUUAAUCCGUUGCCCCUGGAGGGGGAGAUAUUGUCCCUGGCACUCAACUUAAUCGUCACGUUAUGCACCGAGUCCAUAGGCCUCGCACACGGCAUCUCAUUGCGCUCCGCGCUAGCCUCAGAGUCUCGGCUUCGUUUCAACACCAAUCUGCGCCUUCUGACUGCAGCUCGUGGAUGGUGUAACCCUAACGGCGUCCUGUUUAAUGGUAUCUCGGCUGUCCUCCUCAUCAUAUCCUACACCUCGGCUUCACUCGUCGUAUGUCCCAACUAUUCCUUGACAUAUCAGAAUCUUGCCAUCGCAGGGAUAUCUCUCCUCGUUUUGGGCAUCGCACUCCUCCUCCAGGUGAUGAUUGCAUUGUCAGGGAUGCGGGCUGUCAAAAUAUUGACAUGGAGCUCCUCACCUUUCGACUUGACUGCCGCACUGGUACAUCACACGCAAUUGACCCCCGCUACUUUCCGGUGCAUGCGUUGUGUGUCUGACCUAGACGCGUUUGGAGGUCCAGCGAAGCCAUCAGAUAUACAGCCCUCUGCGUGGCAUGCUCACCCUAACAUCCGGAAAGUUGUCAUUUUUCUCUGGGUGAUCGUUGCAGCUUGCGCUGGAUGGGCCGCACUCUCCACGUAUAUCCAGCGCAAGGACUAUGCUAACAUGGGUGCACUAAUGUGGUCGUUCUUACCCAAUAUGCAGUCCAGUUACAUCGCGUAUGAUCUACCGGGUGUCAAUUUUGGUGAGGUGUGGAUCCUUCUCUUGGUCAACAUGGCAGUUAUUCAGGGGUCGUUGACACUUGGGCUCCAUUGCUCGGAGCUCAUCGCGAAUGUCAUUCGAGACGAAACGCAGUGGAGGUCCGCUACCGGAAGGAAAGGACUUAGAACGGCAACGAAUUCUAUCUUAACUCAUCCGAUUUGUCUUGUACUUUUUGCCACAAAGCCUUUCCUGCACUGGAUUUUUGGGCUUUCAUUCUCCGUACAUGACGUCGCCUCUGACGGGACACUACGGAUUUCGUACAUAGUCAUGUAUACUGCCCAGAUCUGGAACUUAUGCAUUGCACUGUUUAUAUUUGCCUCUUUCUUCACUUUUGUCGCACUGCGCCGACCGCGUGGCCCCCAGCCGGCUGCAUACGGCCACCUCCAGACACUCGCCAACCUCGUGGACGAGUGGUCGCCUGUGAUGUGGUGGGGACACAAGGAAGAUGGAAUUCCGUAUUGUCAUGCUGGGACGAGCGAUCACCCGCUGCCGGAUGUGAAGAUGGACUGCGUUUAUGCUGGCUGCGAUACUGGGUCUCUGAUACCCCUUUCGUGAGAGGAGCUACAAGGGCUCCGUUCACCUUCGGACAUUUUCCACUGUUAAUUACAAUAAGAGAUUCCUGUAUACCACGUUUGCCGUUGUGAU